AUGGGAAGCCAGACCAAUCACAACGGGGCCAAGGGACUCAAGUUGGAAACAGUGUGGGCCAUACUGAUUAACAGUGGGGUUGGUGCCCUCUACCUCCAGGCGAUUGGUACUGAUGCUCAGAAAUUGGUAACAAGGAGAAGCCUGGCAACCACACGACCAACAAAAACAAUCCUCCCAACAAAGAAAAAGGUGAUGACAUCACUAGAGGAUGUGAACAGUCUUGCAAUGCUGGAGGUGUUCUUUGUAUGCAUGCCCUCUUCCCACAGCCUUGCCCUGCCCCUGCCUGCUGUGGCUGAGAUUUCUGCCACUUUUAAACUUUUGCUGGUGAGCCCAGCAUCUGCACCCAGCUUGGGGCCCCCCCUGCUGCCUCCUGCCUCUUCCUCCAUCCGUUCCCUUCCCUCCCAGUUGCCUCCCACGUGCCCUUCCUGUUCCCUUAAUCCUUGCCACCCCAGCUGCAGCCAGAGGAAUAGCAGGGCCUCACUGUGGCCCCUGCUGCCGGAUCAGUUUGGGGGAUCAGUACCCACCAGGGCAUCAGGUUGCAAAAUCGACCUAUCCAUCCUCAAUAAAGACCUGGCCUACCUGGGGGCCAAGUGCACCUGGAUGCUGGAUUCCAGGGCCGACUAUCUGCACCUGGAUGUAAUGGACAGGCAUUUUGUUCCCAAUAUCUCUUUUGGUCACCCUUUGGUAGAAAGCCUUUGAAAGCAGCUAGGCCAAGACCCUUUCUUUGACAUGCACAUGAUGGUUUCUAGACCAGAACAGUGGGAAAAGCCAAUGGCUAUAGCAGGAGCAAAUCAAUAUACCUUUCAUCUGGAAGCUACUGAGAACCCUGGAGCAUUGAUUAAAGACAUUUGAGAGAAUGGGAUAAAGGUUGGUCUUGCUAUUAAACCUGGCACUACAGUUGAAUAUUUGGCACUAUGGGCAAAUCAGAUAGAUAUGGCUUUAAUCAUGAUGGUGGAACCUGGCUUUGGAGGGCAAAAGUUCAUGGAAGACAUGAUGCCAAAGGUUCAUUGGUUAAGGACCCAGUUUCCCUCUCUGGAUGUAGAGGUAGAUGGUGGAGUAGGUCCUGACACAAUUCACAAAUGUGCAGAGGCAGGAGCUAAUAUUGUAUCUGGUAGUGCUAUCAUGAGGAGUGAAGACCCCAGAGAUGUCAUCAAUCUCCUGAGAAAUGUUUGUUCAGAAGCUGCUCAGAAAUGCUCUCUGGAUAGAUGA